AUGGAUACUGUACUUUGCAUGAAAUACCUGAUGUUUUUCUUCUGUGUUCUGGUGUUUAUUGGGUCACUCUGCCUUAUUAUUGUGGCUAUCUGGGCAAUCAUUGACCCUAAAAGAAUUCUGGAUAUCCAUCCAAACUAUUUCUUAAAUAUAGCAGCUUCUAUCCUCCUCCUUAUGGGUCUACUGGUCUCAUGGCUGAGCUAUUUGGGCAUAUAUGCAACAGUUGCUGAAGAUAUAAAGCUGUUGAAGAAUCUCGUCAAACUGGUCCUGGUGAUCUCCAUUGUGAAGCUUCUGAUCAUUCUACUCCUUUAUUUCUUUGCAGCAAAGAUCCGUGACAGAUACCUUGUAAAUCAGCUGGCCCAGAAGUAUGAGGGAGACGAUGGCACUAAUGUAUACUCUAAAGCUUUAAAUGGCUUCAUGAUCAUGUUUCAGUGUUGUGGAAUUUUAGGAUCUGGAGAUUUUAAAAAUGCUGAAUUUUUCAAAGAAAAACAGCCCCAUGACUCAUGGCCAAAAGCUUGCUGUAGGCGAAUCAAGUCCCCUGAAUCUGAGGAAAUUCUGGAUGAGAACCUCUGUCAGCAAGGAAAAGUUGGAUAUGUCAAUAAUGUAGGCUGCUCCCAUGCAAUUGCAUAUUUCUUUAAUUUGUACAGAUGGACUUUUGUGGGCUGUUGUUUAGGAGUAGUAGCUGCGGAGGUAAGCAGGCAUGAGCCUAUUUGUGAAAUAAGCUUCAUAUUUUCCUUUGGCCCUCCCCCUUUAUUAGGUUUCAAUAAUGUGGUUUAUUUAAUUUAA